AUGGUCGAUGACCAGUCAAUCAUACCAGAACCCUUCCCAUGCCGUCACUAUCGAUCUGGCAAGACGUUGUAUUGCCACCAAUCCAGGCCCUUUUUUGGCCCGCAAACUGAUCCCCAUUGCAGCCGCCACGACUUCGAUGCUCUGGACGACAGCUCGGAUACUGAGAACAGCUUCGUGCCCGAGGCGGCAGUAGCAUACUCCCCGGCACCGAAUUUGCUCCAUGGAGCAUCGGAGGUCGGCGUGCGACUUUCCCCAUCAUUCUCCGCCGUUGGCGACGGACUUCUCUUGAAACACAGGCGCGAUCCCGAGCCAUCCGACACAGUGGAGAUGGAAAUUCUUGAGCUAGUCGCUGGUCCCCGUUGGCCGUUAUGCAUAUUCAUCGGCUUCCACCUUGAACAACCCUUCUGCCACAUCUUUGUAUUAUUCAUUUUUGACCGAGUGACUCCCCUUUCCUUCGAUGCUGUGCGCAACAGCUGUGUAGUCAUGCGCGACAGCCACUCUUAUCGCGGCCCGAUUCUCAGUAAGAUCUAG